GUUUCCCAGUGGUUUGGUGUUGGUCUAAGGUAAAGCCAGAAUAAAAAAGGUUUAAGUUCUUUUUUACGGGAAUCAUAACUAUCUUGCUACCUAUUUUCUGGAAGAUAAUGAGUUUUCUGGCGGGGAGAUUGGCGGGGAAGGAGGCAGCCUAUUUCUUCGAAGAAUCCAAACAUGUCGUGGCUCGUAUGGUGCAGAAAACCCCUAAAACCAAAACCCAAAUAAACCCUAAUUCUAAUUCUAAUUCUAAUUCUAAUUCUAAUUCUCUCUCCCAAGCUGAAGCUGCUGAUAUCCUCCCUGAAGUUCUCCGACAUUCUCUUCCGCCGAAGAUUUUCCGAUCGGACCCACUUUCUGACUCAUCACUCUCAACUUCUGCGAAAUGGGUUAUUCGAAAUACCUCAAAUGCCCCUCUUUCUUCCUCUGUUUCUUCUGAUGUUUUGAAUCCUCUUCGUGCUCAUCUCUCUCUCCCUCAACUCACCUUUGGUCCCAAGAGAUGGCAGUUGCCGACACCAGAAUCUUCGGUUACAGCAUCAACGGCCAAUGACUUGCGGUUUGAAUAUCAUACACAAGUCAAUCCUGAAAAAGUGAGAGCUGCAGCAGAAGGCCUUGCUCAUAUUGGGAAAGCCUUUGCUAUAGCUACUGCAAUCAUCUUUGGUAGUGCUGCACUCACUUUUGGAUUCGCUGCAUCGAAGCUAGACAUUUAUACUAGUGAUGAUCUUCGGACAAAGGGAAAGGACUUAGUCCAGCCAAAAUUGGAGACUAUCAAGCAGCACGUGACCCCCCUGAGAGACUGGGCUGAAAACACUUCGAAGAAAUUGCACCUCAAGAAUAAGCAGGAUAUAAAGGAGAGGCCCAUCGUAAAGGAGCUUUCCAAACUAUUACGCGCAAAAGAUUCUGCAUGACCUGAUUUUGUUGUUUUUUUUCAAUUUCCCCUGUUUGUAUAUAUAUUUGUGGUGAUUGGUCUAUUGUUAAAAAGAAGUGUGAUGGUAAGAAAUUCCAGUGUUCACCCUUGUGCUGAUGAUCAAUACCUUGAAGUGUAGUAUGUGUUUCCGCUUGUACGUGGCUCUCCACCGGUGUCCCCCGGCCCUCAUUGUAUUCUUCCUGAGGAUAAAGGAGAAGUGAAUGUAAACUCUUAUGUUCGAUUCGUAGGUGGCAAUGGACCUUAAUUAAUCCUAUAUAUCAAACUUUCUUGUCAUAUAAUCAUACGAAGUAUUAUUUACUCA